AUGUCCCGAUUGGCCAGGGCAGCACGAUCCUUAUCUUUCUGGCCAAGAGAAGCUUUGAAAAGAUGGCCUGAGCAGACUGUUGUGGGCUCCACUUUUGGGCUUCUUGCUCUUUCCAUCUGUGUAUAUAGAAUGGCUCAAUUGAACUCUUGGAGCAGUAAGUAUAACUCAUAAACUGUUAUUUCUUGUUUAGUUCGCCCAUGGUACCGUUCUGAUUAUGACAUUGUUCGACCAGAGGCUGCAAUCGUGCCAUUAUGGAGAGUACCAGAGGUUAGUUUCUGUUUUUUUUUUGAGUAUUUUUUCGAAGAACUCGCCGUUUGGUAUAACCUUUAAAAAAAUCUGUCUAGGACUAUCCACCGCCUUAUGAAACCAACCGGAACUCCGCUUCGGCUUCAUCGUACAAGAAGGAUUAUGGCUUCAAACUUUGA